GUAAGAACCAAAGGGUGGUGGAGUGCGCAUGCGUGCCCCCCCUGUGCUCCAUAUCGGCCUUCUUCUCUUUUGGCCCCGCCCCUUCCCCGCCCACGUCUCCCUAGCUCCGCCUCUCCCUCGCGCUACCGCAGUUCCCGCUUGGUUGCUCCGGUUCCUAGUGGACCAUGGUCUCUGUGGAGACUCCACGCCUGUUUCACGUUUGCUGCUCACAGUCCCAGGGGUUGGGAAUGAUGGAAGUUCUUUUCCGCCCCGAACUCUUUCCAGACCCAGCCACUGUGGGAUUCACUCUACAAUCUACAACUUCCAGAAUCUGGAUUAUGUUCCAUGGCAGCGGUCCAAACAGAAAUCCAAGUCACCUACUCUGCCUCCCAUCCUACAAACCAGAGGCCACCAGAAGAGCAAAACGAAGACUUUGACUAGCGUCCUGCCAGGGUUACAUUCCAAGCCCACCACGUCUAUGACAAGUCAGCUGAGGAAUCCACAAGAAAAGUACAGUGGGAGGUUGGACUCCGGGAAGACACAGAAGAAAAUCCGGCUAUUGAGGGCGUUGCUCAGGAACAGGCGAACCACGCUGCAGGAGCUCUCCAGCCAUGAGGUCUUUCUCACCAAGCUCAACCUGGAGCUGAUCAAGGACAUCCAGGACAUGGAAGACAGCUCGGCCCUGAAAGUGCGCACGAUGCUGCAGGAGCAGGACAUCCUCCAGACUGUCGUGGACAUCUUGGAGUACUCGAACAAGAAGAAGCUGCAGAAACUCAAGUGUGAACUUAAGGAGUGGGAGGAGAAGGAGGAGUCCAAGAUGAAGUCCCUGGCACAGCAGGUGGAACAGCUGAAUGCCAAGAUUGAGAAGACCUACAAGGAAGUGAGCUUCCUGAGCACGUACAUGGACCAUGAGUAUCCUGUCAAGUUGGUCCAGAUCGCCAGCCUUGUGCGUCAACUGCAGCAGAUAAAGGACAACCAGCAGGAUGAGCUGGAUGACCUUGGUGAGAUGCGCAGAAUGGUCCUGCAGUCUUUGUCUAAUCAGAUUCAGAAGAAGAAGAAAAAGCUUCUGCAAGCUCUGGUGGUGAAAAGCCAGCAGCCCCAUCAGGAAGCUCUUCUGCAGAAGACCCGGGACAACCAGGACCUGCUGAAGUACAUGGACAAGUUCCGAGAAUUUAUCAACCAGUUUGAGGAGGAAAUACCCAUACUGAAGGCCGAGGUGGAGCAGCUCCACGUGCAGGUCCAGGAGCCCCGAGAGAUCGUUUUUGCAGACGUCCUGCUUCGGAGACCCAAGUGCACCCCAGACAUGGACGUCAUCCUCAACAUCCCCGUGGAAGAGCUGCUGCCCUUCUAGAUGCCGGGGCCAGGGGCCAGCCUUCCCUCCCUGCUCUUUUUCCUAUACCUGGAGCCUUGACUUAUCGUCUUCCCUGAGCGCAUGCCCACGUCCAGAGCCUGGUCUCCUGUUCCUCCCUUCCUUCCUUCCCCGCCUCCCUUUCUCUCUCUUUUCCUUCCUUCUUUCCUUCCAUUCUUCCUUUCUUCCUUCCUCCCUCCCCGGCUCCCUCCACCUUUCCUCUUUUCUUUCUGGUUUGCACUGCUGCUUGGGCCAGGUGGGUACUCCCAGUCAAGUCUGCCAUUCCUUUUUACCAAUAAAGCCGGCCUUGCAUUUG